UCUCCUACCAACUGCCAGCCAACAUCAACAGGGAGAGUGAGUAAAAGUAACCACCGCCAAUUCCGACAAUCCAAAAAGUCCAGAGCGAAAGGUCUCAUUCAGCCACAUUUGGCAUUGGCUAUCAUAAAGACCUUCACAACCAGAGACACAACUAAAACACGCAUUGCACCAAAGCCUCAAUCUUUCAGCUUCAGCCUUCAAUUAGCACAAAACAAAAUCUCUCUUUUCACUUUUUGUCCAACUAUCUCAGGCGAAACCCAUUUUCCGGCUGCCACCGUGAAGCGAAUUUCCGGCGGGUGGGUCGAGAAUGGCUGUGGAAGCUGAGAAAUCUGGGCCUGAUGGGAAGCUGUGGAGUCUAUUCAAAAAUCCAUUUGGGCAGUCGAGAAAUGCCUCUUCCUCUUCCUCUUCUUCGUCGUCUUCGACUUUGUCUUCUAUGCACAAUGUUCACCAGCUGGGUCAGACUCACGAGUCUGUGGAGCGUGCGGCUCUUCAUUCUGCCAGUACGGUGUCGUAUGUGACCAAGUCUUUGCUUCCUGCUAGGAGGAGGCUCCGUCUUGAUCCUGCUAAUAAGCUCUUUUUUCCAUAUGAACCUGGUAAGCAGGUCAAGAGUGCCAUUGGAAUUAAAAACACAAGCAAGUCUCAUGUAGCUUUCAAGUUCCAAACAACUGCACCAAAGAGUUGUUACAUGCGUCCUCCGGGGGGAAUACUUGCUCCGGGUGAAAGUCUUAUUGCAACUGUCUUCAAGUUUGUGGAACCUCCGGAGACCAAUGAAAAACUAGUAGACCAGAAGAGCAGGGUUAAGUUCAAGAUCAUGAGCUUGAAAGUGAAAGGAGAUAUGGACUACGUACCAGAACUGUUUGAUGAGCAGAAGGACCAAGUUGUGGUUGAGCAGGUUUUGCGUGUUGUUUUCCUGGAUCCUGAACGCCCUACCCUUGCGAUGGAAAAACUUAAGCGGCAAUUGGCUGAGGCUGAGGCUGCCCUCGAAGCACGAAAGAAGCCUCCAGAAGAAACAGGGCCCCGAAUUGUAGGGGAAGGACUUGUCAUAGAUGAAUGGAAAGAGCGCAGGGAAAGGUACCUAGCCCAGCAGCAGGUUGAAGGUGUUGAUUCAGUGUAGAGUUAUGUUCCUUUUUGUUUAGAUCAUUUCUUUCUCUAGUGUGGAAGUUUCUAUAUAUGAUUGAAUUGUCGCCUAUUCAUGUGUGGAAGACCGUUGAGCAAUCUUAAAGGUAAAUGGAAUGGAAGCAUGUUUCGUUGUGGAUAGAUGUUA